GCACUGUGCUUGCCAAGCAAAGUCAAAGCAAAGUCAUUCGUAUAAAUGGCUUGAAGACUUCAAGCAUUUAGAUCUUCACAGUCCUUUAAUCUUCACUUCAUCCACUCAAACACAUAUCUUUAGCCUAAUUUCAUUACUAUCAUGUUAACUUCUUUUACACGCUUCACAGUCGCUCUUGCUCUCACAUUCUCUGUUUUCGGUGCUGCUAUUCCAGUGACCACCGAUACCACCACUACUUCUUCUGCUCGGACUACCCCUGUUGGUGCUCUGUGGAAGAACAAUGUUCAUGAGAAGGUCACUGCAGCACCUGCACAAACAGCCAUCGCAGAAGGUGAUCUUUCAAACAUGUCUAGUCGGAAUCUUUUAUUAACAGUCUCAUCAGGCAGACUUGCUCCUUCCCGGCGGUCCGGUGAGCUCUGGAAGGGGAUCGAGCACGAAGAGGUAGCACGAGACGCACCCUCUCGCAGAUCUGGCGAGCUCUGGCGCGGACUUGAACAUGUGGAGAUUUCCACUUCCCCUGAGGCUUGAGUUAUAUUGCGUCAUCUAGAUAUCAGUACUCUAUCCCCCAUGAGCGCUGAGCGAGGAUCCCCGCGUUCCGGCUGU